UUUCUCUCUCUAAAACAAACAACAAACAAACCCCAACUUUCUAUCUCUAUCUCCUCCCUCCCUCACCAUUGAUUACUACUUCCAAAUCGUCCUUUUUCCCUUACCAUUGAUUUCACGCUAAUUCGUUAAGUAAAUCGUUGAUCGUUAAUAAGAGUGUAAGAAGAAGAUCCGUGUUGCAUUUUCAGUUAUCAUCACAGCACAGGCAAGCUAAACAAUUACAAAAGUAACCGUAUUAUUGUUCGGGCUAAAUCACCCCUAUUUGAGAUCUUUGAACAAGAUAUACCUUUUGUGUUGUGGGCAUCCUUUUCUUUCAACUGAUAAUGGCAUCAAAAUCUUGUGCAAAUAUUUUGGAUUUUUUUCCUGAUAAACUACUGGAUAUCCCGCAAACUCCAAGAAAUCUUCCACGGGUCAUGACCCUACCUGGAGUUAUCAACGGUUGUGAUGAUGGUGAUUCAGAUACUGUCUCAUCUGCUUGUCGCGAGAGAAAAAUCAUCGUGACAAAUAUGUUACCGUUACAUAUUCAGCGUGAUCCCGAUACCCUUAAGUUGACUUUCCGUUUCGAUGAAGACUCGCUCUAUUGGCAACUAAAAGACGGGUUUUCUCCUGAAACCGACGUUGUCUAUGUCGGUUCACUCAAGGUUGAAGUAGAUGCGAGCGAACAGGAAGAAGUCGCUCAGAAGCUUUUAGAAGAAUUUAAUUGUGUUCCCACUUUUCUUCCUCAUGACCUUCACAAAAAGUUCUACGCCGGUUUUUGUAAACAACAGUUAUGGCCGCUUUUUCAUUACAUGCUUCCUAUUUCCCCUGAUCAUGCUGACCGGUUUGACCGCCUUCUCUGGCAGGCGUAUGUAUCCGCAAAUAAAAUAUUUGCGGAUAAAGUUAUGGAAGUUGCGGACCCGGAUGAGGAUUAUAUAUGGGUUCAUGAUUACCAUCUUAUGAUCUUACCUACCUUUUUAAGAAAACGUUACAAUCGGGUCAAACUCGGUUUUUUUCUUCAUAGUCCAUUUCCCUCAUCGGAAAUAUAUCGAACUCUUCCUGUACGAGAUGAAAUUCUUAAAGGACUUCUUAAUUGUGAUCUAAUCGGGUUCCAUACGUUUGACUAUGCACGACACUUUCUGUCGUGCUGCAGUAGAAUGAUGGGCCUGGAUUAUGAAUCCAAACGAGGACAUAUCGGACUCGAUUACUUUGGUCGAACAGUGUAUAUCAAAAUUUUACCUGUGGGCAUUCACAUGGGCCGGCUUGAAUCCGUCUUAAAUCUUCCAAUCACAUCAAGUAAAGUCAACAAGAUAGGUCAACGGUUCAAGGGGAAAAAGCUGAUAGUAGGGGUUGAUGACAUGGAUAUCUUUAAAGGCAUCAGUCUUAAGUUACUCGCGUUUGAGUAUCUGUUACAGAUGAACCCCGUGCUACAAGGUAACGUUGUUUUGAUCCAAAUUGUAAAUCCUGCAAGAAGUACAGGAAAAGACGUAGAUGAAGCAAAACGAGAAACGUAUUUAAUUGUAAAUAGAAUCAACGAGACAUAUGGUUCAUCGGAUUACAAGCCCGUGGUUCUAAUCGACCGUCCUGUCGCGCGUUACGAAAAGUCAGCUUAUUAUUCAAUGGCUGAUUGUUGCAUAGUCAAUGCUGUUAGGGACGGAAUGAAUUUAGUACCGUAUAAGUACAUCGUUUGCAGACAACACUCGCCUCAUUUGGAAAAGUCAAGCAUGUUGGUUGUCUCCGAGUUUGUCGGGUGUUCACCGUCGUUAAGCGGUGCUAUUCGGGUCAACCCGUGGGACAUAGAAUCUGUAGCUGGAGCUAUAAAUUCCGCUAUAACAAUGAAAGAUUCAGAGAAGAAAUUAAGACACGAAAAACACUAUAAAUACGUAAGCUCUCACGAUGUCGCUUAUUGGGCCCGUAUCUUCAUGCAAGAUUUAGAAAGAGCAUCGAAAGACCAUUAUAAUAAACGUUGUUGGGGUAUCGGUUUCGGGCUUGGUUUUCGAGUCGUUUCUCUUUCUCCGAGUUUCAGAAAACUUUCUCCUAAUUAUAUCGUUUCGGCGUAUAAGAAGUCAAACAGACGGGCUAUAUUUCUUGAUUACGAUGGUACACUUGUCCCACAAUCGUCUAUUGUAAAGGCUCCUAGUGAAGAACUAAUUAGCAUUCUGAGUACACUUUGCAAUGAUCCUAAAAACACGGUUUUCAUAGUGAGUGGACGAGGUAGAAGCUCGUUAAGCGAGUGGCUUGCUCCUUGUGAGUGGCUGGGUCUAGCCGCUGAACAUGGGUAUUUCACAAGAUGGAGUGGGAAUUCCGAGUGGGAGUCGAGCAUCCCGGCUACUGAUCUAGAGUGGAAGGAGAUUGCUGAACCGGUAAUGAGACUGUAUACAGAAGCAACUGACGGUUCGAGCAUUGAGGUCAAAGAAAGUGGGUUGGUUUGGCACCACCAAGAUGCCGAUCCCGACUUUGGUUCGUGUCAAGCUAAGGAGUUGGUGGUGCAUUUAGAAAACGUGCUGGCUAACGAACCGGCUGUGGUCAAACGUGGUCAACACAUAGUUGAAGUCAAACCUCAGGGUGUGACGAAAGGAUUAGUUGCAGAGAGAAUACUAUCAAGAAUGGUGGAAAAAGGAGAAAGCCCGGAUUUUGUAACAUGCAUCGGGGAUGACAGAUCAGACGAAGACAUGUUUGAAAGCAUACGGAGGACGGUUUUAAAUGCGUCUGUAACGUCGUCAAGUCCGGAAAUAUUUGCUUGUACGGUUGGACAAAAACCUAGUAAAGCCAAAUAUUACCUGGAUGAUACUGCUGAUGUUAUCAAAUUGCUGGGAGGGCUUGCUAAUGCUUCGGAUCCAAAACCUGGUAACACUGCCCGAUUUCAGAUUACAUUUGACACCAUUUUUUAAGAUAAUAAUACUUCUAGCAACAUGUACAGUUUUCAGUUGGAGUGAAAAAAAAAGAAAAAAGAAAAUGAUUUUUUUUUUAAGAUACUAGUUACAAAUGCUUACUUAUAUAGGGCAUCUAGAAUCCUAGAUACUUUUGGUUUGAAUUUUAAGGAGAGAUGUUGUUCUGGUUUCAAGUG